CUUCUCCGCAAAACCGUGAGUCCAUAGCAGGGCAAUCCCAUCGUUCUCGGUUCGUGAUCCAUCGAACAUGAGCAGUGCGUCCGGUUGGACUCCAUUCAUCACUGGUCGUCUCUAGUCGUACCAUAUCCUCGUCAUGGCGUACGCCGAGCCUGCUCGCUAUCAGCAGGAUGCCAUGAAUUCACGAUAUCUGUCCAGCUCCCUCUCGGGACUAUCACAUUCACGAUCGACCAAUUCUCUUAUUGUGCGCACAUACAAGCAGGCGACACAGCUCUACCUGACCAAGCGCUUCCGCGAGGCGCUCGAUACCUUGGAAUCUAUUGUCUCACCGCCUCCACAGUCCCCUGAAGACUUGGGACAGUCGAACGGCGUAUCGGGGAUUACGAAUGGCGUCGCUCCAGUGGCACAGAGUUCCAAAGGAACACGAACAAAGGUGUGGGUAUUCUACCUCAGCUUGAUACACGCGAUAGUCGAGUUGGGAGUAGAAGAAGGCAAGCUGCAGUUCGGAUCCGCGCGCUGGCGACAAAUCGCGGCCAAGGCAAGGGAAGGCAGCAUCUGGGAGGAGGUUGUACGAUAUGGAUACAGUGGUGAAGAGGCCGUAGUCGACCCGGAUGUUGUAGUCAACCUCGCGACUCUCCUGCUGGGACACAUGCAAAGCCAAAAGCUCAACCAGCAGCGCUUGGAAUCAUACUUAGCAUCCUCUGCUGGCCUCGACGGUCACGUUGGGUAUCCCCAAGAUGGACUAGCGACGCCCAUGUCAAUCGGCUCUUUACAAUCCUCGUCACCUCGCGACCUCGCAACGCGCCUCAGGAUCUUAGAGCUCUACGCGUUGCAUGUACUCCCUGCCAAUGAUGAAUGGGACUAUGCCGAGUCAUUCAUUGAGAUGAACGACACCCUCGACGAGGAACGUCGUGAGACAUUCCUGCUCGCCUUGCAAGGAUUAAAAGAUGAGAAAGAGGGCACGGCACAGAGGGAACGCGAACUUGAAGAACUGCGGGAGCGCGAAAUGGAGGAGCGCCGAGAAGCCGAGGAGGCGAAGCGGAAGGAGGAAGCGAAGAAGGAGGAAGAACGGCGAAGGGCAGCCGAAGCCGAAAAGGCCGCCAGAGCGAGCAACAGCGGUGGCUCUCAGACAUCUCGGAACAAUAGCAAACCCCCUGCCGCCACCAACACGCCGAAGCCACCACCGUCACAGCCCAGAUCUUCCAAAACGCCCAAGAAGAACAUCGCCCGACCGCCGACCAACAUUCUCACGAGAGCAUCACUGGCACUAAGCUCCAUACAACAAAUGGUUCUACAGGCGAGCAAAAAUCUGACAGGCAACAAUGUCGCCCUGGCACGCUUCCUCGUCUUCGUAAUGGCCUUUUUGUUGCUCUUGACUCGGAAAGGCCUGAGGAUGAAAGUCAAGAAGGCGAUAGAAGACGGAUGGGUAAAGGUCCGACAGACUGUGGGAAUGGGCGUCAAAGUUUCGUAUAUCUAACUGGGGCAUAUUUGAGGAGCGAGGAGAAAAGGAUUCCGGCUUUUUCUGCAGCGGGCUGCUGGUCUCAACUAGUGAACUUGAUGGUUUUCCGUGUGAGCAGGUUUGAUCGUCAGACGGUCAUCGGUCCGUGUAUCCGUUACAUUCGUGUCACUCGAAGAGUUACUUUACCAUUCCAGAACACACGGCCAGCGCACUGGCACGUUGGGGCAAGAGAUGGUGCACGAUGCAGUGCGAGUGGAGCGUUCCCAUCACAGAUAAACCUUGUAAUUUGAUCCCUCCGUCCGCAUGACGUGCAUAACAUCACAGAUGACUCUCUUCCGUACAACAUGUACACAAAGGGCGAC